AUUUUGGCGUAGCCUGUGACGUCAUCAGGCGGCGCCGCAUCAGCGCUAUGGUUCAACUGGACUAAGGAUAAAGUGUCCAAACAGAGAAAAACUCCUGCUGAAGCGACUGAUCUCCACACUGUUAUAAAGAUGGCGUUUAUUAAAGUGGAGAGUGAAGAUGUGAAGAUUGAAGAAACAUUCACAGUCAAACAGGAAGAUCUGCAGGAACAAACAGAUCUGAUGGUCCUGAAAGAAGAGACUCAUCAAUGGAAUGAAAUAGAAGAGAAACACCAAGACAUAACGACUGAUGAAAAACCCACACUGACUAAAAUGACUUCAUCAUGCAGAAGACCUCGGAAAUCCAAAUCUAAGUGUAAUUUCAGCGGUAAACAGAGUAGAAAGAGUUUCAGUCAAAAGCCAAAGCUUGAUGUUCACAUGAGAGUUCACAAAGGAAAGAAAACUUGCACCUGCAAACAGUGUGGAAAAAGCUUCUAUAAAACAUCAAGUUUAACAAUGCACAUGAGAAUUCACACUGGGGAGAAGCCUUACACCUGCAAACAAUGUGGAAAAAGCUUCUGUAAUACAACAAACUUGACAAUGCACAUGAGAAUUCACACUGGGGAGAAGCCUUACACCUGUGGACAGUGUGGAAAGAGUUUUUGUCAAAAAGAAAACUUUAAAACCCACAUGAGAACUCACACUGGAGAGAGGCCGUACACAUGCCAACAGUGUGGAAAAAGCUUCCGUCACGCAGGAAACUUUACAGUGCACAUGAGAAUUCACACUGGAGAGAGGUCGUACACAUGCCAACAGUGUGGAAAAGGCUUCUAUCAUGCAGGAAGCCUUGCAGUGCACAUGAAAGUUCACACUGGAGAGAAACCUUACACAUGCACAGAGUGUGGUAAAAGUUUCCCACAUAAAAGCUCAAUCAAUCACCACAUGAGAACUCACACCGGAGAGAAGCCGUUUGCAUGUGCUCAGUGUGGAAAGAGCUUCACAACCAAAUCUAGCCUCAUGAACCACUUGAAUGGUCACACUGGAACCAUAGUGUUCACGUGUGAUCAGUGUGGAAUUAAACUCACACGCAAAGACUACAUUAGGCGACACAUGAAGACCCACUCAAGAGAGAAUCGUUUUAGAUGCAGUGAGUGUGGAAAGGGCUUUACCCAUAAAAGAAGUCUCAGCGCUCACUUGAAGCUUCACAAUGCAGAGCAGAGUCCUGAAAAAUGAGGCAUUGUCCACACAAACACGGUAUAUUCAAAACGGCAGCUUUUUCAUGUAGCUUGGCUGUUCAUUCAAGUGAAGUUUAUUUAUAAACUACUUUUGAGAGGAUCACAUGCUUAUAAUUGUCCACAGCUGGUCCAGCAUUAGCUAAAACAUGAUUCACCAAUCAGAUGAUUCCUGACUCACUAUAAAUAACCAGAGUUUUUUUUUUUACCUCAGUUAUUGCUUACAUGCAGGGCCGGAUCAAGCUGAACUGCCGCUCUAGUCAGAAGACAGUCACGCCGCCCUAAACCCCAAUGUGAAAACGAAAGUGACCGGUUAUGAAAAUGAAGCGAGGUAUCGUGUACCUCUUUUCUGCCGCCCUAUGCGCGGAUAUAACUGAGAAAGCGCGAGUGCUGAGGGAUGUGUCAUGGACACCGCCCUCUCUAUUCUGUCGCCUAUGCACGAAUAUAACUGAGGACGCGGGUGGUGAGGGAGGUGUUGCGGACAUAACUGACUACGCCGUUUGUUAUAAAGUAGUGUCUCACAGACUGUACUUUGGUUUAAGGUACUUGAAGACGGAUGAGUUAACAUCACUGAUGAGGACCUACACUAUUAGUUGUCUUCAAUAAAGUUUUCUCCCUGUAA